AUGACCAAACGGUCCUUCGCUCUCCAUUCCACAAACAAACUCCUUUCCCACCACCUUCGUUUCACCGUCGCCAGUAGAACCCACAGCACCUGCACAUCAUGGAACACCCAGCUCCGGGAGCUAACAAAAAACGGAAACUAUCAAGAAUGCCUCGAUCUCUACCGCCAAAUGCUCCGAUCCGGUGCCUCUCCAAACGCAUUUACCUUUCCCGUUGCUCUCAAGUCCUGCGCCGUUCUAUCUCUCCCAAUCUCAGGCACACAGCUCCACAGUCACGUCAUUAAAACCGGUUGUAACUCAGAACCCUUCGUUCAAACGGGAUUGAUUUCUCUCUAUGGGAAAUGUUGUUUUAUCGAAGACGCACGCCAACUGUUCGACGAAAGUCCACACUCCCAAAAACUUACAGUUUGCUACAAUGCUCUGGUUUCUGGGUACACUCGAAACAAUCAGUUUCAAUCCGGGUAUGAAUUGUUUCGUCAGAUGAGGUUUUUGGGUGUUCGCGUUGAUGCUGUCACCAUUUUAGGUCUGAUUCCAGGUUGUACCGAUCCUGGAAACUUGAAAUUCGCUGAAUCUCUACACUGUUUCGUGGCUAAAUCUGGACUAGACAACGACUUCUGCGUCGGGAAUUGCUUGCUUACAAUGUACGUUCGAUGUAAUUCAAAUGAACUUGCGAGAAAAUUCUUCGAUAACAUACCUGUCAAAGAGCUAGCCACCUGGAACGCUAUGAUCUCCGGAUACGCACAAAACGGAUACGCCACAGAAGCUUUGGAACUCUACUCAAAAUUCGAAUCGUCAGGUAUGGAACCUAACCCUAUAACACUCGUUGGAGUUCUUUCAUCUUGUGCUCAUCUUGGAGCCCAAAGAAUCGGUAUGAACAUAGAAAAGAAAAUACAAACCAGUAGCUACAAACACAACAUUUUCUUGAACAACGCUUUAAUCAACAUGUAUGCUAGAUGUGGAAACCUAGUAAAAGCCCAAGAGCUUUUCGAUACCCUAACAGAAAAAAAUCUAGUAUCAUGGACCGCGAUUAUAGGCGGAUACGGAAUGCACGGGCAAGGCGAGACCGCGGUUCAUCUUUUUAACGAGAUGAUACGGGCCAACAUCCGGCCCGACGGGCCGGUUUUCGUUAGUGUAUUAUCCGCGUGUAGUCACGCUGGAUUAACUGAUCUAGGGUUAGGUUAUUUCAAUACAAUGAAGGUAAAUCACGGGCUAAACCCGGGCCCAGAACAUUACUCGUGUGUAGUGGAUCUUUUGGGCCGGGCGGGUCGACUCGGUGAUGCUCACAACAUCAUUAACACAAUGCCAAUGGAACCCGAUGGAGCAGUUUGGGGAGCUCUUUUGGGUGCUUGCAAGAUCCACAAGAACGUUGACUUAGCCGAGUUAGCUUUUGACCAUGUGAUUAGGCUCGAACCUAAAAAUAUCGGUUACUAUGUUUUGUUAUCGAAUUUAUACACGGAAGUUAAUAACAUGGAAGGAAUAUUAAGGGUUCGAGUGAUGAUGAGAGAUCGAAGGCUUAGAAAGGGCCCCGGGUAUAGCUAUUUUGAGCAUAAAGGUCGGGCUCAUGUAUUUAUAGCGGGUGAUAUGAAUCAUCCGGAGAGUGAGGAGAUAUAUGUGAUGUUGGAUAGACUUGAUGAUUUGGUGAAUGUGUCAUCUAGGGGUGAAAAUGGGUUUGUUCAUAGUGAGAGAUUGGCGAUUGCGUUUGCGUUAUUGAGUACUGAAAUUGGGGAGGAGAUUGUUGUGAUAAAGAAUUUACGGGUUUGUGGAGAUUGCCAUUUGUUUAUAAAGUUGGUUAGUAAGGUUGUGGAUCGUAGAUUUGUUGUUAGGGAUCCGACUCGUUUCCAUCAUUUUAAAGAUGGGGUUUGUUCGUGUAAGGACUAUUGGUAA